UCUUCUUUUUGAAGUUAUUGUUCAACUGUUUACCUGAUUCUUGUUUCUUUACACAGUUACUUUUAUAGUUAAGCAGUGAAUUCGAAUCCAUCUUUGCAUGUCCAGAUUUUUGAAACUAUGAUCUCUAGUUGUAUGUAUGAUUAUGCCCAAAUCAGAACUUAUCAAUGUGGACUGUGGAAUAUGAUCUUGUUUGAUUACCUAAACGAUCACGAGGUCAAGAGAGCUCAAUCAUUUGUGAGGAUGGACCCCCAACAUACGGGUGAUUUGUUGAACCAUUUGGAGAAGCAGAGUGAAUUACUCAAAGAAGCUCAUAAGACCAUGUCACAAGAACUCCAAACACUCCAGGUAGAACAUGAGAUGAUGAUGCGUAAACUCUAUGAGCUAAUGAAAACUCAUCAAAAGAAAAGGGAGGAAACUCAAACUCACAAUGUGUUGGAGGGAAGAGAAACAGUUGAAGAUUCUCUGUCAACACUAACGAUUGGUGAUGAUGACUGAUGAAGAGGAACAUUGAAGAACUCACUCUCUAUAUUUCUCUAGUCAGGAUAGACCGGGCCAGUUUGGGCCGGACUUGAAAGGGAUAAAGAUUGGAUCUUAGAUUUGUAAGAGGGGUUUAUUCUCUGACACUGAAUUUUGAAUCUCGGAUCUAUUUUUACAAAGAAUCUGUAACCUAUGUUGUACAUGUAUACAAAUAUGCAAUUUCUGUAA